GAAUACUGAUCAAUACAACGCUCGACGAUCAUUUACCAAAACAUAAUGUGUGCUGUUCAUGCGUACCCGUAAUCAGUUACACUAGCUUAGCAUACUAUACAUAUGUAUGUAUGUACACAUGUGUAUACCGUGUGAUAGAGGCACAUAUAUUGAUUUGGAGCUGAUCAUUGUGUUGUCUGUAGGUGAAUUCCGUGUCCAAUCACAUGUUUCAUGAAGUAAAGUGAAGAGGAAUUCUCAGAAAACAUUUUACAAACACAUGAUCACAAUCAUAGCGACAGGAAUGUGUUUUUGUCUUCGACGGGGAUUUAAGGACUGUUUGUCGGGAAACAUUUAGAGACAUUUAACAAUUUAUCAGUGGAAUUUACCAGAUUUUGAUGUCACCAGGGAAUAGAUAUCUCUUUAUUAGUCAACGGAAUUAACAGGAAUGUCUUUAAGUAUAUCUUAGCGACAGUAAGGUACUGUUCCAGGAAUAAGCAAGGAAAACAAUCAUGGCGGAAAACGUGAAGGUAGCCGUUCGCGUGAGACCAUUCAAUGACAGAGAGAAGGAGAGAAAUGCCACUCUUGUCAUCAAGAUGGCGGGGAAAACUACGGAGAUCACCAACCCCGAGGAAAUGAGCGCGGAGCCCAAGAAGUUUCAUUUCGACUACUCGUAUUGGUCACAUGAUGAAUUUAACACGCGUCCGGACGGAUACAUGGAACCAACAGGAACGAAAUAUGCCGAUCAGAAACGUGUAUUUGACGAUCUGGGAAGAGGCGUGCUGGAGAAUGCGUGGAAGGGCUACAAUUGUUCCCUGUUUGCGUACGGCCAAACCGGAAGUGGAAAGACGUAUUCCAUGGUCGGAUACCAAUCCAACAAAGGCAUUGUACCCAUGGUGUGUACGGAACUCUUCAGUGGCAUUGACCAAAAAAGGUCUGAAGCUGGUGACGUCAAAGACAAAGGGGUAUACGAGGUGAUGAUAAGCAUGUUAGAAAUAUACAACGAGCAGGUCCGUGAUUUAUUGAACUCAAAAACAAUCAAAAACAAAGGGAGCAUGAAAAUCAAGAGCGAUGCGAAACGAGGCUUUUAUGUUGAGGCGCUUACGACAUCACUGGUGAACAGCUAUCCUGAGAUUGAAAACAAAAUUAACGAAGGUACUAAGAAUAGAACUGUGGCAUCGACCAAUAUGAAUGCAACAAGCAGCCGAGCUCAUACCAUCGUGGCUGUCCACUUCAAACAGGUGACUAAGGACGAUAAUGGUCAGAGCAUGACUAAAACAUCCGUCGUCAAUCUCGUCGAUCUGGCUGGCAGUGAGAGAGUUGCAAGUACUGGAGCACAGGGGGACAGGCUGAAGGAGGGAAGUAGUAUCAACCAAUCUCUAAGCUCACUCGGCAACGUCAUCAACGCUCUAGCUAUGAACAAACCAUUCAUUCCAUACAGAGAUUCAGCAUUGACAAAGUUGUUGAAGAACGCUCUUGGCGGCAAUAGUAAAACUAUUAUGAUUGCCGCACUCAGUCCAGCUGAUAUCAACUAUAAAGAAACACUUUCCACUCUUAGAUUUGCCGAUCGAGCGAAAGCGAUUAAGACUACGGCCACUGUCAAUGAGAACCCUACAGAUAAACUUAUUCGAGAACUACGAGAGGAAAAUGCGAGGCUAUUGAAGCUUUUAAAAGAAGGAGGAAUUACCGCGAUUCAAGGAGGGGAAACAGGAGCCACAAGUGAAGAAAAACGGCUGCUAGAGGAACAACUUCAACAAAAUCAAAAGGAAAUGGAUGAAAUGAAGACAACCUGGGAACAACGACUUGAGAAAGCACAGAAAGAAAACCAGGCCAAGAUCGAAGAAGAAAAAAAGAUGGAGGAACACAAGAAAGUUACUCCACACUUCUGGAAUCUUAAUGAAGAUGCUGCUCUGUCUGGCAUGGUAGUCCACUUCUGUGAUAAAGGAAAGGUUUUAAUAGGGAGCAAGGCAGCAGAAACCGGUGCAGAUAUACCCCUUUCAGGUCUUGGCAUCCAGCCUAACCAUGCCGAGAUCGUUAAUAAAGAGGGGACAGUGCUGAUAGUGCCGGUUGACACCGCCAAAGUGACCGUCAAUGGUCAGAAGAUUUUGGCCCAAACUAGGUUACAUCAUCAUGACAGAGUGUUGUUUGGGGCAAACGCCCUUUACAUUUUCCACCAUCCUUCCGAAGCAUCCAAAUUAGCAGGGAGUGGAAGUACAACGCCCGCUCCUACGUUUGAUCAAGCUCAGCAAGAGUUAGCAAUGAUGGCUGGACUGGUCUCAAAAGAUGGCACGUCCAAAGAGGACCUGAUACUGCAGGAAGAGGUCACACAGGUACUCCGGAUAGUCAAUGAAGCCAACGCCAUGUCAGAGGAAAUGGACAAGAAAGUGAAGUUUGAGGUUGCUUUACUUGCUCCCGCGUUUCGCAGUCUCCACAGAGGACCUACAGAGGGGGUUAUCACUGAAGUACGGAUGAAGGUGAAGGACCUGAUCACGGGUAAUCAUUGGAUGUGGACCAAAGAUAAGGCUAUUCACCGUCACGCCCUCAUGCAGCAGCUGUACCAAGACUUUAUCUCCAAGGACGAAAACUGGAAUGUUUCAAAGGAAAACGAUCCAUUCUGGGAACCAGCUGAUACCGAGAUGAUGAUCGGAAUAGCACAUCUCAACCUGCUGUCAUUGGCAUAUAAAUGCAGUAUAGAAGAAAACGCUGAUAUUCACGAUCACAAAACACAAAUCAAAGGCCAUUUACAACUAGAAGUGGUCCCUUGUGAUAAAAACAAACAGCCCGUGGAGGAUAUCGAACUUCUUGAGGACACUUCUGAGUUGGUUGGCAAAGAUUUGACUUUCAUGUUGAAAGUGAACGGAGCACGAGGAUUACCUACAAAUAUCCAACAGUCCUACUGCAAAUUCAAAUUCUACCUAGAUAAUGAUUACACACAAACCGAGGAAGUAACAGGAAUCGCCCCUGAUUUCGACUUUGAAAAACUUUAUCAACAGAACCCAGUCACACAGCAGUUCCUGAAUUAUUUGAGAGAUCGUCACCUUGUUAUUGAAGUGUGGGGUCGACAGAAGGGCGACCAGUCAUCGUCCUCGAAAGGGAAUUCGGGUCUUCUACCAACAAAAGAUUUGAUGAUUCGAGAAAAGACUUUCAUAGGGAAAUCUGCGUUAGAAGCUGGUGAUAGCGGGGAAAAGAAGAAAAAGAAAAAGAAGAAAAGGAAAAAGGAACAUGAAAUUGAUGAUGGCAUGACGAACGGAAUUAUCAUCCCGGUACCGCCACCUGGUGGACAGCAGAGUGGUGCGCGGGAAAAUAUGUCUACUAUGACACUAGAAGAAGAAAAGAAGUUAAAAGAUGAUCUCGCUAGAUAUCAGGAAGACGAGCAAAAGCUGAUAGAAAAGGAAAAAAAGAAAGCUAAAACUAAAUUAAAAGAGACAAUGGAUGCUCACAAUGCAGAAAUGUCCCAGAAAGUGCAAGAGAUGGAAAGCCUCAAAUCCCAAGGGAGAAAACUGCAUCAGGAAAACAUGGAGAAUAAGAAAACACUGGAAGCUGUCCGGGAACUGUUGUCGAGGACGAAAGAAAAGGGCAAAUCUACCAUAAGUGUAUCCGAUUUGGCGAAAGUGUUAGACGACCCAUCAGUGGCACAAACAGAAGAACUGGGGGCCAAUACAUCUAAAGCCUGUGUCCUACAAUAAUUUGACAGACUACCGUAAAUUAUACAUUCCAUAUAAUUAACGUAAAUUAAUAUCAAGAGAUAUCUGAAGCUAAAUCGCUAGGACAUUAAAUUGUCGUAUUUGUGGCUAUCAAGGUAUGCUUGUUCAACUACCUGUCAAUCUCGAUAUGACCAAAUAUUGACAAGUUUUCUACUGAUAAUAUGAGCUAUUGAAUCAUAUUAUGUAUUCUGUAAUAGUGAAAGUAUACUUAACUUAGUCUGAACAAGGAGAAAUAUUCUUUAUUAUUUUUUUUAUUUUUAUUUUUUUAUUUGGUGCAAAGAUAAUCAGUGUUUGUUGACAUCUGCGCCAGACCAUGAGUGCAAGGAACAUAUUUGUAGAUAACCGUUUGUGUUUGUAGUACAAACGUCAUGGUGCCUUCUAUCCAUAACCUUGUCUUCGCCACAAUAUGUUUUAUCGUUGUUGCAUGUAAUUUCAGUUUAAUAAAUACCAAUAAAUAUAUUAUGUGAUAAUGUUUUUUAACAUCUAUUUACUAUUAAAGUUGUACUGGAUAGCAUGCAACGGGCCUUUCGUAUGUUUCUCAUUGAAGUAGCCACCAGCUACUACGAGCAACUAACAACUAACGGGGAAUAAACACAAACAACAACAAAAUAUUCACGUAAAACGUUGUUUUAGUAGUUGCUGUGUUGGGAAACCAUUAACAAGGGGGGUAUGUGUGAAGGUGUGUGUGUGUGAAAAUCCCAACGCGUGUGUGAUAUUUCAAGUAGCUUGAAGAACAUGCAAUAUAAUCUGUGAUACAAUCAAGCCAAAUCUUGUACAGGGUAAAAUAUCCGCAUUUAUUUGCUAUAUGGAUUAUAUAGGAUGUGUUUCGUCUUAUCAUAGUGCUUCUUCUGUUCCUAACAGUAGCUUGUUUUUAGACGGUGUCAUCUUGACGAUGUCGUGCCAUUGUUUUCUGUUUUAAACAAUAGUUCAUUAAUAAAUUAAAAGACUAAUACAUG